CUGCCUGCCUGCCUUCCUUGCCAGGAAGUUGAAGAGCUGCUCCAGUGUCAGUCAGUCAGUCGGAGGAAGAAGAUGACGACGCCCAACAUGUUGUUGCCUUGGCUCCUACUCGCAAUCGUCUCUGCUGAAGACGCGCACACACACACACACACACACGCGCGUUACUUCCCGACUGCUGACAGACGUUAAAGUCAAAGACUUCUACCCGCCGUCCAUCGAGCUGAACUCGGACCCCAUGCGGGACGGGUCCGAGGCGGUUUUGACCGCCGGCUCGGCUUUCCGCCUAAGUUGUCACGGCAACGCGUCGUUGCAGUGGUCCAGCACGGCGCUUCGUCCGACGGCGUCGGAGCGCGCCGGCGUGCUGGAGGUGCGGCGUGCCCUACCCAUACACACGGGAACGUACCGCUGCUCCUACGCCGAACGUCACCUCCGCCACCUGGGCGCCUCGGUUCACCUGUACGUCAAAGAUCCGUCCAACCCGUCAAGCGUCUUCGUCACGCCCCACUACACCCCCAUCAUCUGGGAGGGUGAAGACUUCCUGUUCCGUUGUUUGCCGACCGACCCGUCGCUCGGCAACCUCACCCUGGAGCGGGACGGCGGGCUGGCCGGGGCUCUGCCCGCGGGCAUGAACGUGAGCGUGAAUCCUCAUGCGGGAGUGGUCAUACACAAAGUGGAGACGAAAUUCAACGGGCGCUACGUCUGCGCUGCCUGGAACAACAACAACAAACGCGUGACAUCUGACACGCUGCACCUCAUUGUCUCGCCAAGACGGCGCCAUCCUCCCAAGGUGUGGCUGAAUCAGACGGACUUUUUGCGUCUGGAGGGAGAAGUUUUUGCGGUGACGUGUGCGACGAGUAACCCCUCCCUCAUCUACAACGUCUCUUGGACAUACCCUAAUGUAGAGGCUCCCGACACGACGGUGAAGCAGCAUUAUGACGGCAAGCGCUUGUACCUGAACAAGACGCUGAGCGUCGGCGCCGUCGGUCGACGGCACAGCGGACGCUACACCUGUACGGCGAGCAACAAGGCCGGCGACGCCACGGCGACGGCCAGCCUCCGCGUCUUGGACGCUCCCUUCCUGACUGCCUUGCUGGAGCGCCGUACGACAGCCACGGGUGGUGCCAAUGUCAGCGACUGGGAAGUGCUGGCUAACUUUAGCGUGGACGCCACGGAGGUUUCCCAAGUUCACAGCAGCACGGUGGACGUGCUCGCGGGUGGAGACCUGAGUUUGACAGUCACCGUGGAAGCGUACCCGCCGGUCCGGAGCCUCCGAUGGACCUGGCCCACGCCCGGGAACGGCCGCCGGGAGCGCACGCAGAGCCACGCGGCCCAUGGCUACAGAUCCCGAGCCAGCCUGGUUCUACGCCGCGUGCGCGACCAAGAGAAAGGGCUCUACACGCUAAGCUAUGCUAACGGCCUGGUUAGCGGUUCCUUCGACUUUGACCUGCGAGUUCUUCGAGCUCCGAGCGGAGUCAUCACGAUGGAGAACGGCACCCUGACCUGCAGCGGUUCGGGUUUCCCGCCGCCCACCGUCUUGUGGUCGCGAUGCGGCGGCCUGGUCAACACGUGCGGUGACGUCGGGGACCCUCAGCCCGGUGAUGUUGUCACGCAAGAGGGGGAGGUGCUGACCAAAAGCCUGCCCCUGCCCCCGGCGCCGGCUGAUGACGUCACCUUCGAGUGCGUGGCCAUCAACAGCGUGGGACGCUCGCAAGCUGUCUUCUCGCUGCGUACUUCAGGUUCUGGCAGCGGGAACAUUUUGACGACGUCCCUGGCGACGGCCUCGGCGGGCGCGGGCCUGCUCCUCUUGCUUGUGGUCUUCCUCGUCUGCAGGAUCAGACGGCAACCCAAGUACGAGAUCCGUUGGAAGAUCGUGGAGAGUUGCUACGGCAACAACUACACAUUUGUGGACCCCGGCCUGCUGCCGUACAACAACCUCAAGUGGGAGUUUCCCCGAGACAAGCUCCGCCUGGGGGGCGUGCUGGGCUCAGGGGCGUUCGGAAAGGUGGUGGAGGCCACGGCCUACGGCCUCGGCAGCCAGGACGAAACCCGCGUGGCCGUCAAGAUGCUCAAACCGAGCGCUCACUCCGAGGAGCGAGAGGCGCUGAUGUGUGAGCUGAAGAUUCUCAGCCAUCUCGGUUACCACGACAACAUCGUCAACCUGCUGGGAGCCUGCACUCGAGGAGGGCCCGUGCUGAUGAUCACUGAGUACUGUUUCCACGGCGACCUGCUCAACUUUCUGCGCGCGCGCGCUCACCACUUGGUGGCGGCUACGUUGAGUCCGGAGCCGGCUGAGCACGACGUCAAAUACUCCAACGUCAGACUCCGGAGUGACAGCGGGAUCUCGUGUUGUUCCGAAUAUCAGGAAAUGCAGCCAAUCCUUUCCCACUCAGGUGUUGAGCGAAGUGCACGUCUGUGUAUAAGUGACCUGAUGAGGUUCUCGUACCAAGUGGCUCAGGGUUUGGACUUCCUCUCGACACGAAAUUGUAUCCACAGAGACGUGGCGGCGAGGAACGUCUUGCUGACCGAACGCCACGUUGCCAAAAUCUGUGACUUUGGUUUGGCGCGAGACAUACGCAAUGACGACAGCUACAUCGUACAAGGAAAUGCGCGCCUGCCCGUCAAGUGGAUGUCCCCCGAGAGCAUCUUCCAGUGCGUGUACACGGUGCAGAGCGACGUUUGGUCUUACGGCGUCCUGCUGUGGGAAAUCUUCUCCCUGGGGAAGAGCCCUUACCCCAACGUCGCCGUGGAUACCAAAUUCUACAGGAUGAUCAAGGACGGCGGCCACAUGGAGCGGCCCGACUUCGCCCCGCCGCAAAUGUACCGGCUGAUGACGUCGUGUUGGAGUUUGGAGCCGAGCGAACGGCCAACCUUCAAGAUGAUCGCGCGGCUGAUCGAAAGGCUCCUCCCCUCCGCCGCCAAGGCGGCUUCGAGCGAGCAGCCCACGUACAAAAACAUCGACGAGCGCGAGGAAGACGAAGGGAGCGAGGAAGAGGCGGGCGGGAGCGGAUGCUCCGCCAAGGGUGACGAGCAAGGGGGCGGCGAGGAACCUGAAGACUCCAAAAAGAUGGCCACUGUGACAAGCAACAUUUACCAGCUGUCCUGAUGCACGCGUCCGCUUGGCCGCCACCAAGAUUUUUUUAGCCGUCACCGGUGAUCGGGUGCUUCGUCGGUUGCCAAACGUCAAAGGCCGACCCGCUCGGAGGCUCUAUGAAUUUUGCAUCGAUCUUUUGCACCGUUACCAUAGCGACUCCUGACUUUUCUCGAGCCACUUCUGCUAAGCCAAGUUGCUGCUGUGGCAUCAUCCCGUAAAAGGCGUUCUUCUGCCAUGACGUGCGGUGCUACUUAUUCGCUCGCUAAAGGACGCGUGCAGCCACAUCUGCCCCCUCCUAAAAAAAAAAAAAAGACCAUUGUAAAAAACGACAUUGUACCGCUUUGCAGACCUUACACGUGCGCUACUGCCCUUCACAAGUGCAGAUUUACAAGUGUGUGGCUUUUUACAGCACGGGCUGUUUUACAGUCCGGUGCAGUACCGCCUCGCGCCACAACGCGUAAGGGUGCGCUGAGCUUCAUUGGAUGGAUAUGCAUCAUCAUUUAAAGCAACAAGAAGAGGCCGAGGGGGCCUCCCACUAAGCGGCUGGCGUCAGUUCUUGUUAGUGAAACUUGAACUUACCUGCAUGCUUCCAUCCUUUGGCUCAUGGAUGGCCUUUGGCAUUCAUUGUAUGUUAGCAUGGCCCUAUUGGGCUGGACGGUGUGCCGCUCGGCCUUUAAAAAGACAACGUUGGUGUUCCUGCAUCGCAACAUUUCAACUGAGAGUGACAAAUAAAGCCACUUUGCCUCCUUAA